AAGAGACGGAUCUGCAGCGUCAGAUUGAGAACGGAUAUACGUCUGAAUUAUACCUAUAGAAUUUGUUCUCUAAUUGGCUUGCACUCCACAUAUCGUCGAAUGUGAUGCAACCGUGGACCGGCAGUUGCCAAAGAUUCUUCAUAUAAAAGGAGCUGAGAAUUUAUUCCCAACAUCAAAACAACCGGCUCCGUUUAGCGAACAGCAACCACAUAAAUACAUCGCCGUACCCAAAAAUGAAGUUUGCCGGCGCGGUUUCCGUGAUGUGCCUCGUGGGGUUUUCCGUCGGUGCGGAAAACUCGGCUUCGCUGGCGGACGAUUCCGAUGAAAGAUUGUUCGUCGCCGGUUCGGGUUCCGAAGAUAUGGAGGCGUCGGCGACGGGCUACAUUUUUCGAAGAAACGGUAACAACGGUCAAGGGCAGCUUUUCAACUCAGGAGGCCUGAGUUCCGGUAUAUCCGGCGGGUACGGCUACGGUUCACCCCUUCAAAGCAUCGGAUCGUUCGGAGGUGGAGAAUUCGGCGGCUCCGGGGGACUGGGUCAAUUCGGCGGAGGGUCGGGUUUUAAUUUCCCCACCAAGUACGGGGGGAUCGGAAACAUAGGCGCAGGUGGGAUCGGAUCCAACGAGUACAACGUGGAAAAUUACGGUGGAAACAUCGGGGGCUUCAACGACGUCGGUUUGGGGCUUGGCGGACUCGGCUACGGUAGUUCCGGUAACUUGGGUCUCGGCGGCAUCUCGCAAGGUUCUCAACUCGGCUACGGAAUUUCAAAAAAUGGCAUAGGCCUGGCCGGGGGUUUCGGGAACGGGAGAAUCCAGUCGGGGGGGUUUCAGGGUGGCCUGGGUUACGGAGGGGUUGGUCUAGGUCAUGGACAGUACAUUCCAGCGACGGGGUCUCUUGGGGGCGCGGGACUAGGAGGCAUUGGUGGAGUGGCUAGCGAGGCGUCUUUCAACAAAGGAGUCGGCUCUGAUUUUCAUUCGGGUCAAGAAGCCGCAGGUGGUGAGAAGGGAUCCAAGGGGUACAAGGUCGCCGAAGGUUUCGACAAGGGCGAGAACGGCAAGAUAGACGAACAACAACAAUCCGGGGGGUUCAGUAGCGCGGGUGGCGAAAAAAAGGGCGAAUCGGAAGAGGAGAAAAAGUACGCCGAAUCCGCCGUAGCGGCGAAGGGCGAGAACGGUGAGACUUUCAGCAAAAGCGGUGGGCACAAAAAAGGGCACAAAACCUCGGGAUUCCACAACGUCUACCAUAAAGACGAAUUCAAAAAGGAUACCUCGUUCUACGAUUCCGACCACGCCAGUGGACACCAGGAAUCCUACGGUUCGGAAGACGCUCAUCACAACGCGGCUGAAGGUGCGUACGAAAAAGCCGAAAAAUCAGACGCCGCUCACCAUGAGGAUAACCAGGCUAAAAAGGGAUCCUUCACAAACGGACAUCAGUAUGGUUCCGCUCAAGGUCACGAUCGAGAAGAAGGCGGGAAGGAACACUACGACAACGGAAUACAAUACGCCAAUCAGUUGGGACAUAAGGGAGGGAAGGAAUACGGUCAGUCGUCUGGCGAUUUCGUAAAGAAAAUUUAUUAA